ACAUGGCAAAACUGGACGAUUUCUUACAAAAAAAGAAAGAAACCGCGCCAAUUUUGGACCUGUCCAAGGCAACGUGUAGUUCCAACGAGGAGUUUCGUCGCUUACUGGAAAAAGUGCCAGACUUCAAAAUUAAGCCAGAAAAAGUAUCAACGGAAAACAUUAAAAUAAGAGAUAAAGCUUUUACGUUUAAAUCCGGCAAAAAGGAUCUGAAAAAUAUGAGAGAGCCGUAUUUAUUUAUGAACCCUUUGCCUGUCGAAAUGCAAGAGUUAAAAAUUGAUGACUUGGCGGGGGUUUCUAUUGAUUGGAGGAUGUUGACUACUAAGAGACCGAAAAGUAGAGUCGAGGAGAAUUAUUUCUCUAGAUUGGUAGAAUUGGGAAAACUCCAAAAUAAGAGCAGGGCGGCUGAGAAGAGGCAACUUCAAUUAGAUCCGCAGACCCGUAAAAGUAAAAAUAAAGCGGGAGUUGUCGAAAUGAGAGUGGUGUCCUGUAUUGAAUGCGGAGAAGACUUUUGUAACGGAAAAGUUUGCGGUAAAUUUGGAUACGAUUCUUUUGCCAGGCAAACCGAAGCACCAAAGACAUCUCAAAAAAUAUUAUCACCCGAAUCAGGCGAGAAAACUAAGAAAAAAAUUAAAAGAAAAUCCCGAUCUAAAAGUAAAACUAAGAGAACUGGGAGAGGAAAAUCUAAAUCCAAGAGUCCCAAGAAGAAAAGUCCAUCAAAACCCCCAAAGGGAAAAUAAAACGCCCAUAUUAUUAAUAUUUUAAUUAGUUUCUUGUGCUAAGAAGCAAUAAAAAUAGUAACAAAAUUUAAAAUAAGCGUUUUAAUAUUCAUUACUUUUGAUUUACAAUAAAAUAAAUUAAAUAAUAACCUAAAUACUUACACAAC